AUGAGUGUGUUGGGGAAAGCAAGAGAAGGAAUAGUUCCAUUGAUGAAUGUUGUUAGGUUAAAAGGAAUGUCUAUUUUGGAUCAAUUGCAUUUAGAAGAACGGUUACUUCGAACAACUUCCGAUAAUUGGUGUCUUAUUAAUGAUGGAACUAAUUCCCCUGCCAUUGUAAUGGGUUUGUCUGGGAAACUUUCCGAACUUGUUGAAGCCAAGUCUGUGUUGCGAGAUCAUAUACCUAUCAUCAGAAGGUUUACUGGAGGAGGAACUGUUAUUGUUGACAAUGGCACUAUAUUUGUUACGCUAAUAUGCAAUAAAGAUGCUGUUCCAAAUGUUCAACCCUUUCCCCGUCCCAUUAUGUCGUGGAGUGGUCUAUUGUAUAGUAAAGUUUUUGAAGGGAUUGCCGAUUUCCAACUCCGUGAAAAUGAUUAUGCCUUUGGUGAUCGCAAGUUUGGUGGAAAUGCUCAAUCUAUAACCAAGAACCGUUGGAUACACCACACAUCUUUUCUAUGGGAUUAUGAAGUCAAGAAUAUGUCUUAUCUCAAGUUACCUGCAAAGGCUCCUGAGUAUCGAUUAACGAGAGAUCACACGGAUUUUAUUUGUCGAAUGAAGGAGCAUAUGCCAAGAUCAAAAUUUAUAGAGAGAACUAUAAAGGCGGUCGGAGACGAGUUUUCUGUGAGUCCCGUUAGCUUGGAUUCCAUAGACAUUGAUUCUGUUUCUGAAUAUGUUCAUACUACUAGGCUACUAACAGAGCAGGAAAUUCGAGAAGCUUCUAUUCUUCAAACUUGAAAACAUAGUUACAAAAGCACCGACAAUAAUUUACGAGUAGUAUUCGAGAUCAAAUUCAUUGAUGGGGGAAGGAGGAUGCCCCUGAGGAACUUGCUUUUUCAAGUUGAGUGAUAAUGAAAUUUAAAUUCUGUGUUUUGAAAUUGUUGUAUAAUCAAUUUUUUCUGACCAAAUUAUUUAGAUGACAAUUUUUUUUCUAUAUAAUUUUAUUUGUUGCAAUAUAUAUUUAUUUUGCUGAUCAUUUCUUUUAUGAUUUCCUUUUAUUCUACAACAUUUAGAUUUGACAGUGUUGUUCAAAUGUAUAUCUCUGUUUUAGUGAGGAAUCAUGAUCAGUUAUCACAUUAAUUCAAAAUAACAACUUUAGGAUUGCAAGUGAAGUUAUAAC